UAUUUCGACGUUUACCAGCUCAUGCUAUUCCAUUUUACCCGCCGAAUGUGUUGCGUGUUGUUUCUAAUGUCGUAACAGUACCGGCCUCUUGGAAAGUGCAAUAUUUUUUUCGAUUUUCAGGAAAUUUAACAGUUAUUUCGUUAAUAAUAAAGAUAUUUCGACGUUUAAGCGCCUCUUUUGUACCAUUUUACACGCCGAAUGUAGUGCACGCUCUUUUUGAUGUCGAAACAAUACAGACAGACCGCAAAUUCCAAUAUUUUUUUCGAUUUACAGGAAAUUUAACAGUUAUUUCGUUAAUAAUAGAGAUAUUUCGACGGUUAAGCGCUCCUUUUGUUCCAUUUUACACGCCGAAUGCAGUGCGUGUUGUUUCUAAUGUGGAAACAAUACCGGCAGCUCACAAGGUGCAAUCUUCUGCCCAUUUUCAGGAAAUUUAGCUGUUAUUUCGGUAAUGAUAGAGAUAUUCCGAAGUUUAAGCGCUCAUUUCGUUCCAUAUAUGUGCCGAAUGUAGUGCACGCUCUUUUUGAUGUCGAAAUAAUACAGACAGACCGUAAAUUGCAAUAUUUUUUUUCGAUUUACAGGAAUUUUAACUGUUACUUCGUUAAUAACAGAGAUAUUUCGACGUUUAAGCGCCUCUUUUGCUCCAUUUUUCACGCCGAAUGUAGUGCACGCUCUUUUUGAUGUCGAAAUAAUACCGACAUGUCGCAAGGAGCAAUCUUUUGUCCAUUUUCAGGAAAUUCCACAGGUACUUCGUUAAUAAUGGAGAUAUUUCGAUGUUUAAGCGCCGAUUUUGUUCCAUUUUACACGCCGAAUGCAUUGCACGCUCUUUUUGAUGUCGAAAUAAUACAGACAGACCGUACAUUGCAAUAUUUUUUUCGAUUUACAGGAAUUUUAACUGUUACUUCGUUAAUAGCAGAGAUAUUUCGACGUUUAAGCGCCUCUUUUGCUCCAUUUUACACGCCGAAUGUAGUGCACGCUCUUUUUGAUGUCGAAAUAAUACAAACUGCUCGCAAAUUGCAAUCUUUUUUUCGAUUUUCAGGAAAUUUGACUGUUAUUCCGUUAAUAAUAGAUAUAUUUCGUCGUUUACUAGCUCAUGCUAUUCCAUUUUACCCGCCGAAUGUAGUGCGUGUUGUCUCUAAUGUCGAAAUAAUACAGACUGCUCGCAAAUUGCAACCUUUUCUUCGAUUUUCAGGAAAUUCCACAGGUACUUCGUUAAUAAUGGAGAUAUUUCGAUGUUUAAGCGCUGAUUUUGUUCCAUUUUACACGGCGAAUGUAGUGCACGCUCUUUUUGAUGUCGAAAUAAUACAGACAGCACGCAAAUUGCAAUAUUUUUUUCGAUUUACAGGAAAUUUAACAGUUAUUUCGUUAAUAAUAGAGAUAUUUCGACGUUUAAGCGCUCCUUUUGUUCCAUUUUACACGCCGAAUGCAUUGCACGCUCUUUUUGAUGUCGAAAUAAUACAGACAGACCGCAAAUUGCAAUAUUUUUUUCGAUUUUCAGGAAAUUUAACAGUUACUUCGUUAAUAAUAAAGAUAUUUGGACGUUCAAGUGCUUCUGUUGUUCCAUUUUACACGCCGAAUGCUGUGCGUGUUGUCUCUAAUGUCGAAACAAUACCGGCAAGUCGCAAAGUGCAAUCUUUUGUCCAUUUUCAGGAAAUUCUACAGGUACUUCGUUAAUAAUGGAGAUAUUUCGACGUUUAAUCGCUCAUUGUGUUCCAUUUUACACAACGAAUGUAGUGCACGCUAUUUUUGAUGUCGAAAUAAUACAGACAGACCGCAAAUUGCAAUAUUUUUUUCGAUUUUCAGGAAAUUUAACAGUUAUUUCGUUAAUAAUGGAGAUAUUUCGACGUUCAAGUGCUUCUUUUGUUCCAUUUUACACGCCGAAUGUAGUGCGUGUCGUUUCUAAUGUCGAAAUAAUACCGGCACCUCGCAAAAUGCAAUCUUUUGCCGAUUUAGAGGAUAUUUAACAGUUAUUCCGUUAAUAAUAGAUAUAUUUCGACGUUUACUAGCUCAUGCUAUUCUAUUUUACCCGCCGAAUGUGUUGCGUGUUGUUUCUAAUGUCGUAACAGUACCGGCAUCUCGGAAAGUGCAAUAUUUUUUCGAUUUUCAGGAAAUUUAACAGUUAUUUCGUUAAUAAUAGAGAUAU